CUCAUGUUUGUUGUCUUCACAAAGCUUUGUAUGGUCUUAAACAAACUCCUAGAGCUUGGUUUGAGAUGUUAAAUGCAGCUUUAUUACAAGUUGUCUUUGUUGCGUCCAAAGCAGAUUCAUCUCUAUUUAUUCGAAAAUCUGAGUUUGCUUUGAAGGACUUGGGUCGGCUGCAUUACUUCCUAGGUGCUGAAGUUGCAUCUAACACUCAUGGCUUGAUUCUUUCUCAAACAGUAUAUUAGAGACUUACUGCAUCGGGUUAACUUGGAAGGCGCAAAACCCAUCUCAACUCCAAUUGUUGCUGGUCAACAAUUGUCCAAACAUGGUAGCACACCCUUCAGUGAUCUGACUCUUUACCGAAGUCUCACAGGUGCUCUUCAUUAUGUCUCCAUCAUCAGACCAGCUAUUUCCUUCUCUGUUAAUAAAUUGUGCCAAUUCACGCACUCUCCAACUCAAGCUCAUUUUCAAGCUCUAAAAAGGGUGUUGCGCUACUUGAAAGGUACUAUGCAUCUUGGGCUACAAUUUCAGCAUUCUCCUACACUUCAUAUAAAUGGGUUCUCUGAUGCAGAUUGGGCUGGAUGUCCGGAUGAUCGUAGAUUGUAAUUAUUUAGGUCCCAACUUGGUCUCUUGGUGCGCCAAGAAACAGAGGGUUGUUGCUCGUUCAAGCACUGAAUCCGAAUGGGUUUAGCUGCUGCUACAGCUGGGAUAACGUUGUUGCAACACCUUCUUCAAGAGUUAAAUGUACCUCUGCCUGCUGCUCCGAAACUUUGGCUCCUAAUUGUGGAUAGAUUGCUCAAAUGGGGAAUACAAGCUGAUCCAAAAUGUGCUUUGUGUCACUAUCACGAUGAAUACCUGGGACAUAUGUUUGUGCAGUGUCCCUUUGCCAGGAACUUGUGGAAAAGAUUGCUGGAUUGGCCACAGGGACCAAUGAUGGCUGCUACUACAUGGGAUCAGUAUAUGAGCUGGGCUAUUUCAAAUGCUAAAGGGAAGUCUCUUCAUACCAGCUUCUUUAAAAUCAUCUUGGCUGAAUGUGUACACUCUAUCUGGACUGAAAGAAAUGCCAGACUCUUUGAAGGAAGGUCAACUGCCUAUGAUGCCAUUGCUAAAGUCAUUGCCUACUCCUGUUAUGUCAGAGCCGUACCAGUUAUGCAGAAAUACCUUCUUAGAUUUUCUUUCUUAGUUUGCUAGUGAUGUGUGAUUCCUGUUGUAUUGUCUGGUCUUUUGUUUUGUUUGUAACCCCUGAGAUAGCUAAGCUGUGUUGUAGCUAGCUAUGGCUUUGUAACUCUUCAUUUGGUGGUAGUUGAUUACCAAAAAGAUGACAGUGCGAUCAAAUUAUUGUUA